AUGGGAAUUGCCUUUGGAGUACAGAUAAUGAGAUUAAAGAGGGGAUAUUUAUUGAUAGCGGUUCGAAUGUAGAUUAAGGAAAUUCAGGUGGAUGAGCUGAUUAUUGCAAGAGCAUAUUAAAUCCAGCACAAAAUUGUUCCAAAGUAAAAGGUUAUGCUUACUUUAAUUCAAGCUGCAUAAUUUUUACAGGUUGUUCUACAUUUUUAUUCCGAGCAUGCUUAGAUUGUCAAAAAAUAUCGUUAUACUGUAUAUCGGAAGGAGAUUGAGGAAAUUUGUGAAAAUGUAGGAUGUUCGAGUGUUAAAUGAUGAGUAUUAACUAAAAAUAGGAUCUUGUCAUUGCAAAUGGGAUUCAGGAAAUUAGAAAUGUAGGGAUAAAUUGUGUAGCGAAGCAGGAAUAUCACUAAAGAUGAAUGGAAGACAGAUACAAGUUCAGGGCAAGAUUAGAUGGACCAUUUUAUUGUUGUAAAGUAGUUAAUUCUGUUAUUCUUGA